AUGCUGCUGUCUCUCCGUGUGGUGUGGGUGGUGUGUUUUGUGUUCAUCAGUAGUGCUAGUACUACUACUACUAGUAAAGUACUAGUGGCGGCGGACUUGCAAGUGGAGAGUCGCGACGGUGUGUUUGUCUUGUACGACUCUGACGAAACAACGACUGUGUUUCAGGACAAUGUUCCUUUGAUUUCGGAUUUUCCGGUAACGAGUCUCCGGUACAACGACGACGACGACUUUGGCAAGUAUGGGAAACCGUUGGAAGAGCAAGAUGCCAAGAUUGUGGUGAGGAGCGACUGUCCGUCGUCUCGAUUGCCUCCCAUUCAGGUAGACGUGCAGCCAGAGGCCAUUCGUGUAUCUCUGCUGCUAGAGCUAUCUACCGGUAGUAUACACAUCGAUGACGUGUCCUUUCUGGAUCCUCCAUCUUUCGUGGCUCGUACCUCGUAUUCGUCGCGGUGUAUUAAUACUAGUAUCAGUGAGCAUGGUAUUACUAGUAAUACAUUGAUUGGAUUUGAAGAACAGCAAGAUCUUAAUGCAGAUCAAGAAGACUUAAGGAAGGACCAGAGCUCGAUGAAUACUAUUAAUAGUAGUGCAGCCAGCUCAAGAUCCACCCGUACUAUGCAUAUGUCAUGUCUCACCAUUCUCACUACGGCAGUCUUGGUGAUUCACAAUCUCUUCUUUCUUUUUACUCCCACGAUCAUCACCGUGGGAACAACAAGAAGAACCAGAAGACAACGACACAUGUACGGAUCCUUGACGGUCAUGGCAUUGGCAGGAGGACUGUCACUCGUUUGGGCACAAGAUGCCAAUCAUCACAAUAGUAACAUAUUUGACAAGAAGAGGGCCAGUGGAUAUGUCGCCACACGACCACCGGAACGACCGGACUAUGGAACCGGAGUCAUUCCCUUUCGACCGGAAGAAAAAGGACCCAUCAAUACCACUCAAACUCAACCUCAAAUAGAUACCCGCAUUGGAGGACAUAAUAUGUGCAAAAUCAAUGUCGAAGUUCUACAUCACGGCUGUCGUCGCUCUCAUCCACUCCUUGUCAAGGCGCCCAUGGCACGUGUCAUCGAUGUCGUCCAUCGCAAUCCCAAACAGCAACAGCAACAGCAACAGCAACAGCAACAAACCAAUCAUGACAAUGAGAAUAAUAAGAAUUGCGUCAUGGAUUAUCAGGUCCAAUUGACAUUUCCCACUGACACACAGCAAGUCAUGAAAACCGACAAUCAUUUGGAUGGAGAUAAACCCGCUGUGCAAUUACCACAACUUGAGGGAGAUCAGUGUGCCGUCACUAGUACGGAAGGAAGACCCUUGGUCGAUCGAGACGGAAGGGUCAUUCAAGCGUCCCUUUUAAAAAACAAGAACCACAACAAUCAUCACAAUCAUCACAAUCAUCAUUCACCAACGGAUACAUGUUCGUUGUGGAGUAGUGGUACUGGAAUGGACCGUCCAUCCACACAAACUAGCCAUCAUCCAGCAGCCACCAACAAGAAUUCCACGACAAUCGCAAUCCAACAACAGAGACAAGCGUUUGGGCACGAAUGGACUCGCAAAGCAUUGGGAGAACACGCAUCUGUAUCCUCCUUUGCCGCGUUUACCAUGGCACUCAUGGCAAACCAGGCACCGCCCAAUCUCAUUCAAGCGUCAUUGACCGCGGCUCAAGAUGAAGUACGACAUGCCAAAACUGCAUUUGCCAUUGCCGCGCAUUUCUUAUCACAACAAAAACAACAACCCGUCGAACCGGGACCCAUGCCGCCGUCGUCGUAUGUCUUUGGCCGCAAUGGGACGGCAUUGGCGCUAUCGACGGCGCAGGAAGGAUGCAUUGACGAAACUCUCUCGGCACUGUUGUUGGCCAUGGAGGUUCAGAAACUACAGCAGCAGCAACCACAACAACAACAACAACAACACGACAAUAGCAAACAAGAAGACGAAUGGAUGUCCCGACACGAACGAGAAUGGAUCCAAGCCGAAAUGACUCAAAUUGCGCUGGAGGAAGCCGGACAUGCCGCAUUGGCGUGGAACACCAUUCGAUGGAUUUGUCAACAACACGACAAGAGUGCCUGUAAGGCAGUCCAAGCCACGGUGCUAGCACCACAACGGUUGCAACAAGCUCUGACCAAACGACUCAGUAGCAGCAACCACCAUAAUCAAGACGACAAAGCAAUGAUGGAACAGGUAUGGACUGCGUUGUAUCAAACGUUGGUGCCACUGGUCGUCUCCGCCGAGCUGCCGGAAACGACGCAACAGCCAGAAAAAGACGGGCUUCUUUGGAAGAUCCCCGCACUCAUUCUGGCAAAGGUGGCGGUACCAUCGGCUAUCCAUAGCGAAGAAGCAGCAGCAUCUACGAAACGUUGA